AUGUGUCCCCUCGGAAGAACCGCCCGGGAGAACCAGAACUUUUACCCCCUCGGGACGGGACUCCGGCGUAAUAAUCUAAGGUUGUGCCGCUUCAAAGAGUCCAGCUGGCCUGCUGCUUUGGCACUAGCACACCCAUCAACAACUUUCGCCACGCCUCCGCCGCAAUCACAACCUACCUCCAAGGACAACCAGCAGACUCGAAAGAGAAAGAAAAUGGGGCAGGUGCAGGGGAACCUCGUGGAGAAGAAGUACCCGAACCUUCUCACGGAGGAAUGCAAGGUCGCCAAACCGGACAAGGUGCUCAAGUAUGGAACAGCGGGUUUCCGGGAUCGCGCCGAGCUAUUGGACUCGACGUUCCUGCGCAUGGGCAUGCUGGCGGUUUUAAGGAGCCGCAAAACCGGCCUAGCCGUAGGCCUGAUGGUCACGGCGUCGCACAAUGCGGAGCCCGACAACGGCAUCAAGAUGGUAGACCCGAACGGCGGCAUGCUGUCGCAGGACUGGGAGGGAUACGCGGAGAUGCUGGCCAACACGCCCAACGGAAAGGUGUCGGAGGCUCUCGCCCAGAUCUACACCAAGGAGGGCAUCUCCCUCUCCAAGCCCAAGGACGGUAAGGGUGCUGCCGGCAAGGCCGGGGAGGGGGGGGGCGGCGGGGAGGAGGACGAGGAGUUCACCCCGAUUGUCUAUGUUGCCAAGGACACCAGGCCCCACAGCCCCAAGCUUGCCGCCCUCGCUCUCCUAGGCAUAUCUCUGGUCGGUGGGGAGGGGCUUGACCAAGGCGUCAUGACGACGCCAAUGUUGCACCACUGCGUCAGGAUGGCGAACGGGGAGGCCGGCUCGGGACCGUUCUGGGGGAAGGAGGAGUGGCGCGGAGAGGAGGGGUACUACAAGAUGCUAGCCUCGAGCUUCGCGGACCUCCUAGCCAGCGCGGAGGACCCUAAGAAGCGCGGCGGCUCGUGGUUUCAGCGGGCGGCAGCGAGGCAGCCGAACCCGGGAGGCGUGUUCGUCGACGCCGCCCACGGGGUGGGGGCGCCCAAGCUGGAAGCCCUGGCAAAGGUAUUGGCGGAAGAGAUGCCGGGGGGACGGCUGGAGGUGGAGGUGCGGAACCGCGUGGGCGAGGGGCAGCUGAACGAGGGCUGCGGGGCUGAGUGGGCGCAGAAGAAAGGAGUCCCGCCUUCCGGCGUAUCUGCGGCGAACGAUACCGGCAAGCGUCUGUGCAGCUUCGACGGAGACGCGGACCGACUUGUGUACCACUUCUUCGACGACACUGGAAAGUGGGUUCUCCUAGACGGGGACAAGAUCGCCGCGCUGUGCGCUGCCUUCAUCCACGAGGAGCUGGCGAAGCUCGGUCUGGACAAGGAGUUUUCGAUGUCCGUGGUCCAGACUGCCUACGCUAACGGGGGAUCGACCCAGUAUCUCAAGGCGCAGGGGGUCCCCGUGGCGAUCGCGAAGACGGGGGUGAAGUUCGUUCACCACGAGGCUGAGAAGUACGACGUGGGGGUUUACUUCGAGGCUAACGGUCACGGAACGGUCCUCUUCAAGGAUAAGGUCUUGGCUCGCCUCAUCGACAUGCAGAAGACGAGCUCUGGUGACGCGGCGAUGGAGCAGUCUGUCCGCCGGCUCCUGUCUUCGGCGACGCUCAUCAACCAGGCCGUCGGAGACGCUCUGAGCGACCUGCUGUUUUGCGAGGCGGUGCUGCGCCUCAAGGGGUGGAGCUGCAAGCCUCUGGCGUGGCUCUAG